AUGAAAGUCACAAACUCUCUCGCCGCGGUUCUCGCCUCCGCCGGCCUCUCUGAGGCCUUCUGGCGCAUGGAGUGCCGUGGUCGCGCAGGCUUGGCCCGUUUGGAUCCCAUUGUCGCCCCUGGCAGGGUUUCUCAGCACGCCCAUGCUAUUUUUGGUUCCAGUGGUUUCUCCAUGAACUCGGGACACGCUGAGCUCGCUGCUGGCUCGUGCACCUCGUGCGCCGCUGUCGAGGACAAGUCGGCCUACUGGUCUCCCCAGAUGUACUUCAAGCACGAGGAUGGCACCUUUGAGGAGGUCACACAGGCGGGCGGUAUGCUCGCAUACUAUCUCCUCAACAAGGACGCUGGCAAUCCAGACAAGGGUGUCAAGGCCUUCCCCAACGGCUUCCGCAUGGUUGCCGGCGACAGCAACCGCCGCAACUACUCUAUCGGCAGCCGCAACUUCAAGGAUGCCGAUCCCGAGAAGUCUCUAUGGGCCAUGCUCGGCGAAACGAGCCAGGAGGAUCUCGCCCAGCGUGCUGUCGGCUUCAACUGCCUCGACUACAAUAAAACCCCCGAGGGUGCCUUGGUGCGCCACUAUCUCCCCGAGAAGGGUUACCUCGAUGGCAACUGCCCCGACGGCAUCCGUUUGGAGCUCAUGUUCCCCUCGUGCUGGAAUGGCAAGGACUUGGACUCGGCCAACCACAAGUCUCACGUCGCAUAUCCCGACCUUAUUACGGAUGGGUGGUGCCCCAAGGGAUUUGACACCAAGCUUCCCAGUCUGAUGUUCGAAAUCAUCUACGAGACCAACAAGUUCAAGGGAAUCCCUGGCGAGUUUGUCAUGGCCAACGGUGAUGCUCAGGGUUUCGGUUUCCACGGUGACUUCGCCAGCGGCUGGGACGAGGAGUUCCUCCAGGAUGCUGUCGAGACCUGCACUGACCCCAGCGGUUUGCUUUCGGCUUGCCCCUUGUUCAACCUUCAGAGCGAGGAUGAGCAGCGCCAGUGCCAGAUUGAGCUCCCCGAGGAUCUCGUCAACGAGAAGGUCACUGGAAAGCGCGGAAAAUCUCUUCCCGGAGAUGUUCCUAUCCGCUAUGGGCCGGCUCCUGCUAAUGUCCAGGCCCCAGGAGCGGACCAGACCAGCCACAUUCCGGUUCCCACCGUCACCUACCAGCCUGCCGAGUCCUCUGCCUACCAACCCGGCGGUAUCUUCAACGGCGACGCCCCCAGCUCCAACUCGAGCUCAAGUUCUGAGGAGGUCAAGGUCACUGCCCUUGCUCAGCCCGAGCCCGAGCCUGAGCCGACCCCUGCACCCACCCCUACCCCCUCCGAGGCUCCCCUCCCCUCCGGCUACGAACUGGUUCGCACCGAGUAUGUCACCAACGGCAAGGUUGUCAGCAAGAUUGUCGUCAUCGAGACCGUCGAGUACGUCAUGCUGGCUGCUGCCACCGAGAUUGAGACCGUCACCGUAACAGCCACUCUUGAUGCCCAGAAGGCUCGCCGCGGGCUCAACCACCUCCACCGCCACAGGCACGCGGGAUCGCACUAAAAAGGCGGGAUUGAUUUCUGCCUUGUAGUGUUAUGAUCCAUGAUCUACCAGCUGCACAUAUGGGUUAUGGUCACAUCUUUUUUCUAUCUCGCCCGGUCUUUUUGAAGAACAGGACUUGCGGGGUGGCUUUUCUUCACUUCUCUUCACUGUGGAUACUAGGGGAUUAUUUUGAGGUUGUGUUUUCUGACAUGGAACCUGGUAUGGGGGAGGGGGGGUGGUGUGGGUUAGAUGGGUGGAAAAAUGGGAGCAUUCAGCGAAGGCUUUUUUAUUUUAUCCAGCAUUAUGAAAUGAAAUUGAGGAAGUUUUCUUUUCUUAUGAACUAUUGCCUCUUGAUGUCAUGUUGUUAUGUGAAUUCCUUUUUGCUUAAACUUGAAGAAGCCUAACAACUGCCGGGCUGUUCUUAUCCAAACAAGAGGCCUGCUGCAGGAGGAGGAUAUCUGCAAUGCCGUUGGGGUAAUACUUCAUCACCAGAGUCUUUCUCAGAAGACUUUUCGCUACCAGAGUGUUCUUUGAUAAAUUAAACAACAAAAAAAAAAAAAAAAAGGUAAAAAGAAUAAAAAAAACAAAG